CUAAUCUCCGGGCCUGCGAUGCGCCCAACGGCCUAGGCAUUCACAAUCUCUUCAAGCAGGCCAAGGCGCUGUUGCCACUCGAGCGCAUACGAAACAUCGUGCGUGCCGCCGCUAAAGAUCCGGAAGUGCAAGCUUUCUAUAAGCUGGUCCAGACGCCCGAAUAUCGUCAGCGCUCCACAAAUUUGACUAGGUCGCGCGAGUAUAGGGCUUUUCGUAGUUUUACUUGCUACAAAAUGAAUUGCGAUCUGCGUUUGUAUAAUGAUUUUAAAAGCAAUUUACUUCCGUUGUCGGCUUUGAAGGAGUCUCCGUCAAUUAACACUGUGCUGGCUCAAGGUCGACCAGGUCUGCGUGGUUUACUGGAGGACAUACGCGACGUAUUGCCACGUCAGCAAUUGCGCAACUUAUUCGAGCGUUUAUUGGCUACCGAUU